AUGAUUUCCCGCCUCCGCCUAGACCAGAUGCAUGAUCUCAGUGCUGCCGCUCUUGAAGGUCAUCACCAGGGUGGCUAUGUCCGUGCAUAUGACACCAUAGUUCGCCUUGGCCUCCUUACUGAACUCCAACUCAUAGUGUCCCUUUUGCCUUCAUUGGCUUCUCUGCAGACCUUAGCAAAUCAGACCUUGCCAUCUUGCUCUUUCCCUUCCGCCUCUGACUCAACUAAGCCCAAAGUUUUGCUUACAAAUCUGCACGAUAAGAGCGCAUUCGCCUUACGAAAUUCUUCAUCUGAGCAUCGGCUUUUCGUUGACUCAGGCAUUAAUCUAGUAGGUACAUAA